AUGCCUUUUGGCCUGAAAAAUGUGGGUGCCAUGUAUCAAAGAGCCAUGGUGGCCUUGUUCCGUGAUAUGAUGCACAAUGAAAUCGAAGUAUACGUCGAUGACAUGAUUGCGAAGUCAAGAUCGGGCGAGGACCAUGUUGCGAUUCUCCGCAAGCUAUUUGAGCGCCUACGUAAAUACCGAUUACGUCUCGCUCCCGCAAAAUGCGUAUUUGGGGCAAGGUCCGGGAAAUUAUUGGGCUUCAUGGUCGGUAGUAGAGGCAUCGAGAUUGAUCCGUCCAAGGUGAAGGCCAUAUGCGAGCUGCGACCCCCGUCUUACGUGAAAGAAGUUCGUAGUUUGCUGGGGAGAUUGAACUAUGUGGCAAGAUUCAUAUCCCAGCUAUCAGAUCUUGCUAGGCCAUUUUUCAAGCUUCUCAAGAAGAAUGCAAAGAUUGUAUGGGAUAUUGAAUGUCAGACCGCUUUCUUGAAGAUUCAAGAAUAUCCGACUCAUUCCCUUGUUUUGGUUCCACCUGUUCCAGGCGUGCCUCUAAUCCUUUAUCCGACCAUCCACAAAGAGUCUUUGGGAGCUGUAUUGGCACGUAAAAGACCAUCGAGUGGAAAGGAAUGCGCGAUAUACUAUCUCAGCAAGAAAUUCUCCGAUUCUCAAGCUAAUUACUCGGAGGUCGAGAAGACUUGCGUAGCUCUAGUUUGGGUAUUACACAGACUGCGGCAGUAUAUCCUUCACCAUCAGAUUAUGUUAACCACCGAAUGUGAUCCCAUCAAGUAUCUGCUGGAAAAGCCGGCGUUGGUUGGCAGAUUGGCCAAGUGGCAGAUUCUUAUUUCUGAGUUCGAUGUGCAGACCAUGACACGGAAGUCGGUGAAAGAAAAGUGGGUCAUGUACUUCGACGGGCCUGUUAACUUAUCCGGAUCCGGCACAGGGGCAGUCCUUAUCUCCCCGGAUGGCCAGCACUAUCCAAGAGCCGCCAAGUUAUUGUUUCCGUGCACCAAUAACAUCGCUGAAUACGAGGCCUGCAUUCUCGGGCUGCAGGCUGCCAUGGAGAUGGAAAUUCGGAGACUGCAAGUUUAUGGCGACUCUGCCCUCAUUAUCCUUCGGACAGAAGGCAAAUGGAAAACUCGUGACCCGAAGUUGAUCCCAUAUCAUGAGUUUCUGGAAGAUAUAAUCGAAGAGUUCGAUGAGAUAGCGUUCGAGUAUCUUCCUAGAGCCCGCAACCGGUUGCGAGACGCGUUGGCCACCCUAUCCUCAAUGUUCCAAGUGACUGCAGGUUCGGACAUCGAGCCAUUGAGAAUCGAAAUCUUGAAGCAUUCUGCUUACUCCAUGCUAAUAGAAGAAGAGAUAGAUGGAGAGCCAUGGUAUCAAGACAUUAAGGUUUACCUGCAGAGCAGAGAGUUCCCCGAAGGGAGUGAAGCAACUGACAGGAAGUAUUUGAUGAAACUGUCUUUGAAGUUUUUCCUCGGCGGCGAUACGUUGUACAAAAGGUCAUAUGACUCCGUCCUCCCGAGGUGCGUUGACGCCAAGGAAGCCAAUCGCUUGAUGACCGAAAUCCAUGAGGGUGAAUGUGGCCCCCAUAUAAAUGGCUACCUCUUGACCAAGAACGUGGCCGGGUUCUUGCGUCGAGAUAUCUUUGCUCGAUAUGGAGUGCCGGAUGCUAUAAUCAUCGACAACGGCUCAAACCUCAACAACAAAAUGGUUGAUGAGGUUCUUGAUCAUGCGGGCUAUCAUCACGGCCAGUGUUACCAGAAGCGUGUGGCAAAGUCGUUCAACCGUAAAGUUCGUCCCCGGCUUUUCGAGAUCGAUGACUUGGUGCUGAAGAAGAGAUUGGCAUUUAUACCGCACCGCGGAGGCAAGUUCACGCUAAACUAUAAAGGGCCAUAUCUGAUCAAGAAAGUCCUCCCUGGUGGCGCAUUGAUUUUAGCAGAGAUGGACGGCCGUGUCCGGUCGAGUCCCGUAAAUGCCGAUAUGGUGAAGAAGUAUUUCCCAUGA